AUGAUAGGCAGGGAAGCUGCACCGUCAAAUCGAAGAACAUUGUCGUCCAAGUCCAACAACUCAACACCACCUAUAAACUCGUCAGGGUCGAGCCGUCCUUCUUCACCAUUAGAGCCACCACCACCACAACUGCAACAACAACAAUCAUCUAGAAGACCAUCGUUUGGUUUAAACUUUUUAAAUAAUUUCACCAUGCGUUCGCAUUCAUCUGAAACAGCAUCACAACCGUUAAUGUCAAAUAGCCCUACAUUGGGAAACGUGCAUUCGCACACGCAUGAUGAUGUUUCAGGCAACAGUCAAUCAUUCAAUGAAGUUGCUGAAGAGUCUCCAUUAGAAGAGGAAGAAGAACCCCAAAAUCCUGCACCAGAAGAAAUACCACAACCACCAGACUCCACCUACGUCGACGAAGACGCAAAGGGCGGGUUAGACAAGGAUGGGUUCUUUUCAGUAAGAUUGACGCCAUUAAUAGACCAUUCAUCCACAUCGUCAGGACUAUAUUUCUCGCCAAUAAUUCGUCGGCUUUCACCAAAAACAUCCAUCAACAUCGGGAGAUACACUGAAAAGAACAAAGCGGCAGCACACGCACCCCAGGGAUCUUCAGCACCGAUUGUCUUCAAAAGUAAAGUUGUUUCACGUACACAUGCAUUAUUUUUCUGUAAUGAAGAUGGUCAGUGGUUUCUAAAAGAUACAAAGAGUUCAUCAGGUACAUUUCUCAAUCAUAUUAGACUUUCGCCCGCGUCACAAGAGAGCUCGUUGAUGCCGAUCAUAGAUGGAGAUAUAAUUCAGUUGGGGAUGGACUAUAGAGGCGGCACAGAAGAAGUGUACCGGCUGGUGAAAAUGAGGUGCCACUUUAACAAUAGCUGGCAACGCAAAAUGAACCCUUACAAUAUUGAAAUGUUCAAGAAAUUGCAAAUCGGGGAUAAGCAAGCCACCGAAUGUUCAAUUUGUUUAAAUGCAAUACAGCCUGGCCAUCCUCUAUUUAUAAGUACUUGUGGCCAUUGGUGGCAUUAUAGAUGUAUACACCCAUUGCUACAGAAAAGUUAUCCCCUGUUCUCAUGUCCCAAUUGUCGAUAUGUUUGUGAUUUGGAAUAUUUUUCAGAGUCAGAAUAG